AAUUAUGUUAAGUGCAAUAUUGUUGUUACAGAAUUAAAACUUAUCUUUCAUGGCGUUCACAGUUCCGCAGUAUUUAAUCAAAGAGUCAAUUGGCAGAGGAGCGUAUGCCAAAGUGUUUAAGGCCGUCAGCAGAGAACGUCCAGAUGAAGUGGUUGCUCUGAAGAGAAUAGAUGUCAAUCAGAAGAAUUUAUCAACUGGGAUACCGCAGUAUAUUUUAAGAGAAGUUGCAAUGUUGAAAAAACUGAAUAAGCUGGCACAUCCCAAUAUUGUGAAACUCUACGAUGUCAUAAUGACCCCGGAUGACCUUGAGAAUCCGAAGAGCCUCUCGGUGUGUCUGGUGUUCGAGUACCUGCCGAGAAGUCUGCUGCAUUACGUGGAGUAUGAGCCGAUAAUUACUCCUGAGAUGUGCAAGCAUAUCAUCCAUCAAACACUGCUGGGUAUUGAGUUCCUACAUGUCAAUGGAGUCAUGCACAGAGAUAUCAAACCAGAGAACCUCCUUCUGUCGCGUGGAGGAAUUGUGAAAAUAGCUGACUUCGGACUGUCCAAACCUGGUGAAGUUGGAACAUAUCUCACGACUGUAACCGUCACUCUCUGGUACCGACCGCCUGAAAUAAUCUUAGGCUGCGACUACAAUUUCUCAGCUGACAUUUGGAGUCUUGGGAUGGUCAUGUGUCAGCUUUUCAAGCGGGUGCCUCUGAUCCAAGGCACCUCGGAAAUUGAGAUUUUGACUCAGAUUGUAUCAUUUUUGGGUCUUCCCGAGGCAAGAAUUUGGCCUAAAAGCUGCUCAGUGACUCGUGAACAGUUUUCGGCAGCAGCUGGUAAGAAAUUGAGACGAGAAAUGAAAAUUAUGUGUGUGCAUGCAUAUGCGUUACUAGCGUCCAUGCUGGAAUAUGACAUUGACAAGAGAUGCAAUGCGGUAACCGCUCUUUCGAUGCCUUAUUUUUCGUCAGAUUGUAAUUGUGGAUUCUUGGCAAAUUUUCCAGCUCCUCUGGAACCGAUAGGAUCCAAAAACAAGAAACUAGUGUCCAAUCAAAUGAAAAAGAAAUUAGCGUCUGGUUUAGCUGCUGUGAAUUGAUGGAAAAAUGUUCUCUUCACAAUCUUGCCAGAAACUAACUUCACAAGCUAAUUGCUUCUUUUAAAUGAUUAGAUAGUUCUAUUUAGCUGUUAUUUAGUUACUUUUUGUUACUUACGUAGUUUAACUUAUUUAUUCUGUGAAAAUACUCAGCCUUUGUGAUUUGUUUUUGUUUCAAUAAGUCGUGAAUUUGACAUGAAAAGAAUUGAAGUUGUUGAAGCUCUUUAUCCCAUUUUGAGUUGUCAAAUCUGUUUGUUAUAUUGUAUUAUUUAUUUUUAAAGGCUAGAAGUUGAGCAAUAUUUUCAAUCAGUGUUUUAUGAAUUUCUCACUCCAUGAAUUUACUUAUUUAACUGUCUGA